AUGACCAGAGAGACUAGAUCGAAGACCCCAGGGUCUUUCCUCAGUGAGGCCAACUCUGAACCAGAUGCUGGCAACAGUGGGGGAGGGCAGUCACCGGAUUCGGAUGACCUUAGUGCUGAGAUUACACUCAUGAAACUAAAGAUAGAUCUCGAGAAAAUAAAAUUAGAGCAGCUAAAAAUAACGGGGCAGCCUCAUGAAGAGAGCACUCGGGGUGUGGGGGGAGUCGGACGGUAUGCAAAGGAACUACGUGCGGUGCUGGCGCCAAUGCCCGUGACAGACACAUUGGUGCCUGCAUGGUUUAAAAGCGCUGAAACCAUGUUGGCGAGUUGUGAGGUGCCACAGGACCUACACGGUGCAAUCCUUUUGCCUUUUCUAAAUGAGAAAGCGAGCGCCGUUGUUGCAAACAGAGCAGAGGGACGGGUAUUGAAGUACAGGGAGCUACGAGACAUUAUCCUCGACGAGCUCAGGAUGACUCCGGACGAGUACAAGCGGAGGUUUAAUGUCGCGCGCAAACAAGAGAACGAGUCGUGGGCACAGUUCUCUACAAAUCUUAGUACUAUGUAUGGAUACUACAUGGAGAGCCGCAAGGUAGAGACACUAGAUGAUCUACGGCAGCUGACCAUCUCAGAUCGCCUAAAGCAUGCCAUGCCGGAUGAUGUACGCGCCUACGUCCUUCAGAACGAAACCAAAGAAUGGCUAAGGCCAAAGGAAGUGGCGGGAGUUGCGGAGAAAUUUGAGGAGAGUAGACACAAUCGAAACUGGAGGCCCCAGAGACUGGCUGAGAAGCCACAGGUGAACUUGCGGGGUGGGCCUGCGAAAGUUGGGGGCGACCAGCGAAGGAUUGAGAAACCCCGACCACAGGGGUGCUUCGCGUGUGGGAAGCUGGGGCAUUUUAAGCAGAACUGUCCUGGAUUAGCGCAUAGAGCCGUGGACUCCGGGAAUAAAUCGGCCUCCGCGGGUCUGAGUGCAAGGGCAGCGCUUUUGCCGCAGUCACGCGAGACCCUUGAGACGGCGGGGACGCGCAGGCAUGGGGAAACAGGUUCAGGUAUAAGCUGGGUACAGCUUACGGCAGGGGGCACACCCUUCUCUGCCUGUUUGGACUCGGGCGCUGACAUAACUGUCGUGAGGCGGGAGGUGGUGCCCGAGGAGUCACGCAGGCGGGGAGGGGGAGAAAUCAUGCUCAGAGGUGCAUUCGGCCAGACGGUGACGGCAGAGCUGAGGUAUGUGCCGUUGGGGCUGUGCACCGCAGACGGCGGGACUGGCCAACAUGUCGCCGUGCUGUGUGCGGUAACGGAAAGACUCGCGCAGGGGGUGGACGCGCUGCUGACGCCGGACGCAUUUGAGGAACUUACGCGAGCAAACGCUGAGUCUGCUGAGCAGGCAGAACAGGUGCAAAGGCUGGAGGCAGAAAUCAGAGCGGAACAGGACCAGGUCUCCGGCAAUCCCCCUUUGGAGUUCGAGGAAGUGGUAGAGGGUAUUGAUUCGGCCGGGAGCACGUGUGAUGUAGACUUGGUCGAGACAGUUACGGAACGGAGCGCUACCGAAACGGGGUUCGUAAGCGAACAGCGAGACGACGGCUCUUUGCAGGGCUCGUGGGAACAGGCCCGAAGCGGCACGCAUGGCAUGUUGAUUGAAGGUAAUUUGUUGUAUCACACGGAACAAAUUGACGGGAAAGAAUGCAAACAGCUGGUGCUCCCGAAGCCCCGUAGGGAAGAGGUGUUACAAUUGGCGCACGACAUGCCAUGUGGAGGGCACUUCUCACAAAAGAAAACAAAACAGAGGAUUAGAAAUUCGUUCUUUUGGCCAACCAUGGCGGCGGAUGUCAAGAGAUAUUGUCAGUCUUGUCAUGGGUGUCAGAUUUUCGCGCGGGAAAUGGCGACGGACCGAGUCCCAAUAACUCCGUUGACGAGACCUGAGCGACCUUUCGAGACUGUCUUUAUGGACUGCAUCGGUCCCAUGGAGCCAUGCUCAGCUCGCGGGCAUAGGUACGCUCUGGCCGUCGUAGAUCUCUGCACGCGAUGGCCCGAGGUAAUUCCUCUCCGCUCGCUCACAGCGAAGUCCACGUGCCAGGCACUGGUUGAUGUGUUCUCGCGACACGGGGUGCCCGAACUGAUCUGUUGUGAUCAAGGGACGAAUUUCACGUCUCAGCUCACCAAGGAGCUCCUCAGCCGAUUGGGCGUGGAAAUUCGUUUUUCUACGCCUGAUCACCCCCAGAGUAAUGGUAUCGUGGAGCGUUGGAAUGGCACCUUUAAGGCAAUGCUUCGCCACGUGGUGAGUGAGAGGGGAGGGUGUUGGGACCAGUACGUGCCGUGCCUUCUUUGGGCGUAUCGGGAGGUCCCGAAUGAGGUCACGGGGAGGUCCCCAUUCGAAUUGAUGUAUGGUAGAGAGCCUCAGGGCCCGCUGUCUAUACUGAAAAGAACAUGGACGGGGCAAUGGACGCCGCCUUUAGGACUAAACAGGCCAGCGGCCAAGUACCUGAAAGAUUUGAGAGAAAGAAUGGUAGACUCAGCCCGCGUUGUUGACGAGCAUGCUAGGGCGAAACAACAGGCAUAUGCCCACCGGUACAACUUGAGGGCACGCCCGAAAGAGUUCACGGUGGGCGAGAGGGUGCUUGUUCUGGAGACGGGGCUUUCCGGUAAACUCCAGCCGAAAUGGUCGGGGCCCGCAGUGAUCAAGGAGCGAAAACGCGCGGACAGUUACAUCGUUGACUGUCCGGAGAGGGGUGACAGGUGGGUACACGCUAACAAGUUGCGCAGGUAUGUCGCACGGGCACAGAAUGUUGGGGUUAUCUUUGAAUCCGAUGAAGAAUUCGGAGAUGUAGAGAGCGUUCCGGCAAACAAUGCGCAUCACGCGACCAUCGAGGAGAUCACCCAUGACUCGCCACAUCUUGGAGCGGACCAGCGGGUGGAACUCGCGACAUUGCUGAGGAAGUUCAGGAAAGUAUUCUCUGAAAAACCAGGGAGAAGUGUGGUAGGGGUACAUAAGAUAGCGCUGGUUGCCGAAGCGAAACCCGUGAAGUCAUAUCCGUACAGGGUGCCGAUCGCCCUCAGAAAAGCGGUCGAAGAUCAGGAAACGCUGGCUACUGUGCCGACUCUGGCCGCCCCGGACAUGAGCAAGGAGUUUAUCCUCACGACCGACGCAUCCGAACACGCCGUGGGGGCAUGUCUCUCCCAGGAGUCGCAGGAAGGGGAGAAACCAAUAGCGUUUUUGAGCAAGAAGCUUACUGCCGCUCAGUCGAAAUGGUCAGCUGUCGAGAGAGAAGCGUUCGCUGUGGUGUGGGCAUUGGGACGUUUGGACACGUGGCUGUUCGGUUCAAAGAAAUACGAUGUUGAAAUAUCCCACAUCAAAGGGUCUCUGAAUACUUGCGCAGAUGCCUUGUCGAGGCUCGACCGCAUCGAGUAA